UCGGGUGUUUCCUGUGUGUGUUCAGGGAGCCGAGGAGGAAGAGGAGGCAGAGCAGUACAGCGAGGAAGAAGGGCCGGCAGCAGCAGCCAGCGAGCCCAAACCCUCUCCUGCUGCUGCUGCUGCUGCUGCUGCUGCAGCGGUCGAACCGAAAAAAGUAGAGGAGGAAGAGGAGGAGGAGGAGGGCGAGGUGGUGGAGGAGGAAGAGGGGGAGGAUGAAGAGAAGGAGGUGAAGUUGGAGCAAGGAGGACAGAGUAAAGAGGACUGCAAGGCCGAGGAGAAAGAAAACAUUACUGGGGAGAGACAGAGCGGCGACGGCCAGGAGUCCACAGACGACCCCGAGACCAAGGCGGGGGGGAAACCGGGUCAGAAGCUCGACGACGACGAGGACCGGAAGAACCCGGCCUACAUCCCGAGGAAGGGUCUGUUCUUCGAGCACGAUGUCCGGGGGCACGCUCAGGAGGAGGAGAGACCGAAAGGUCGAAACAGGAAGUUGUGGAAGGACGAGGGUCGCUGGGAGCACGACCGGUUCCGGGAGGAGGAGCAGGCGCCGAAGAGCCGCGAGGAACUCAUCGCCAUCUACGGUUACGACAUCAGGAACGGCGGCGGCUCCGGGGACAGAAACUACCGGCAGCGCAGGCCCAGACAGAGUGCGUCUCCCAGCAGAGACAAACGCUGGCGAGACGGAGGUGGCGAGCGCCCGGUCCGGUCCUGGCAGCAGAGCGGCGCUCCGAACAGAGGAGGCGCUCCGCCUUCAUCCAACCCACCGUCCUCCGCACCCCCCUCGUCUCUCCCUCUGUCCUCCUCUCAGCGGGGCGGCCCCCCCUCCCGGCCGCCUCCCUCCCGCAGCCGACCCUCCCACCACACGCCUCAGUCCCAGUACAGGAACAACGAAUCAAACGCACCCCAGAUGCACCCCAGGGAACGACAGGGCCCCAAAGCUCCGUCCGACCCCGCGGGAGACCGGGGCGUGGGCAGCAGGUCCGGGGGCCGGGGCCCCCCCGUGGUCAUUGAGGAUAUUACAUUCAGCCACGGGGGCGUUCGGGAGCAGGACCUAGGCGUUGUAACGACGGCCCAAUCGGCGCCGCAGAGACGGCAGCAGCAGGAACAACGCGGCAGCGCCGACAGAUCUGCGUCCGGAUUGGCUCACUCCGCGUCUGACUCCACCUUACAGUCGCCCUCGGCCAAUCGGGAAGCCUCUCCUCCCGCCGAGCGGCCGGCGAUGGAGCGUAAGUCCUACUCGCUGGCUCGCAGGACCCGGUCUCGGCCCGCCGACCUGGGCAGCAAGCAGCCGUCUGUGGAGGAGUCCACCGUGACCGGCGGGGGAGGGAACGCCGCCGUCUCCCCCGGCAGCGGGGGAGGGAAGAGCUGGGGGGGGGCGGACGACGGGCCGAGUCAGACGGGGGGCACG